UGGAAGGGGCCGAGCCCGCCGGGUUUCCGGGAGUGGGGAGGCAUGGAGCCAUCGCUGGCGGGCGAGGCGGAGGGGGCCGGCCGGUUCCGCGCCAGCGAGCACCAGCACGUUCGCUACAACCCGCUGCGGGACGACUGGGUGCUGGUAUCGGCCCACCGGGUAAAGCGCCCUUGGCAGGGUCAGCUGGAGAAGCCGCCCCCCGAGGACGUGCCCCGCUGGGACCCCAAGAACCCCCUCUGCCCCGGGGCCACCCGGGCCAACGGCGAGGUGAACCCCAACUACGAGGGUACUUUCGUCUUCCCAAAUGACUUCCCUGCACUGCAGCCUGACGCUCCAGAGCCUGAUGACAGUGAUCACCCCUUGUUUCGAGCUGCCCCAGCCCGGGGUGUGUGCAAGGUGAUGUGUUUCCACCCCUGGUCGGACCUGACGCUGCCCCUCAUGUCCCUGCCAGAGAUCCGGGCUGUCAUCGAUGCGUGGGCAGAGCUGGCAACUGAGCUGGGGGCUUCCUACCCCUGGGUGCAGAUCUUCGAGAACAAGGGAGCGAUGAUGGGCUGCUCCAACCCGCACCCCCACUGCCAGGUGUGGGCCAGCAGCUUCCUCCCGAACGAGGCACGCCUGGAGGACCAGACCCAGCGCCAGCACCUGAGCCAGCACGGCGUGCCCAUGCUGCUGGAGUAUGCUGAGCAGGAGGCUUGCCGAAAGGAACGGCUGGUGGUGGAGAAUGCGGACUGGCUGGUCGUGGUGCCAUACUGGGCUACCUGGCCAUACCAGACCCUGCUGCUGCCCCGCCGCCAUGUCUGUCGCCUCCAGGACCUCAGUGACAGUGAGAAGGACAACCUGGCCUCCAUCAUGCAGAGGCUGCUCAUCAAGUACGACAACCUCUUUGAAGUCUCCUUCCCCUACUCCAUGGGCUGGCAUGGAGCCCCCACAGGCCCCUACCUGCAGGAGGACUGCAGGCACUGGCAGCUCCAUGCCCACUACUACCCCCCUUUGCUGCGCUCCGCCACCGUCCGCAAGUUCAUGGUGGGAUACGAGAUGCUGGCACAGGCACAGAGGGACCUCACCCCGGAGCAGGCAGCCGAGCGCCUGAGGAGCCUCCCCGAGGUGCACUACAAGAAGAGAGCUGAGGAGGUGUGAUGGAGAACAGCAGAGCAUCCAGUCCUCGGAUGUGAGUGUGAGGGAGGGAUCUUAACUCCUUUCCACCACUACCUGAAAGGAGGUCAUAGCCAAGUGGGGGUUGGUUUCCUUCUCCUGGAUAACUAAUGAUAGGACGAGAGGGAACUGCCUGAAGUUGUGCUAGGGGGCGUUUAGAUUGGAUGUUGGGGAAUAUUUCUUCACUGCAAGGGUGAUCAGACAUUGGAACAGGCUGCCCACAGAAGUGGUAGAAUCACUGUGCCUGUGUUAAAAAAAAUGUGUAAAUGUGGCACUUAGGGUGUGGUUCAGUGGUGGUCUUCACAGUGCUACGCUAACAGUAGAGGUUUAAAAUUGUAUCAUUUGGUGUGCUCGCUGAGGCCACAAGUCGGCUGGGAGUGGUGAGAACCGAGGUCUGGGAAUUCGUGUCAGAUGUGAGCCCUCUGAGCUCCCAGAUUCUCCUGAACCUUGUCACGGCUGGGCUGGUUUUUGGGACUGGUUUUGCCUGUUUGGGGACUCAGAGCCUAAUUCUGUGGCAUCCUUGUGUAGGUGGUGUUCCUUGUCUCUUUCACCAUCCCAGGCUCUUGUCUUCUGCCCCCAUGGCAUGCUCCUGCCACCACUCAAGGGCUAACCCUCCUUUCCAGUCCAGUCUCACUGGUGAGACUGGCAGUUCUGCCCCUGGAGGGGUACAACCCUCCUGGACAAUAAAACCUGGAAGCAAAGUGCCUCUCCCUGUGCUCUCGUGGCUCUCAGCCCUAGGUGGGAGGUUUGGGGUCGCUGGUGAUGACCCCCAGCUGCUGGUGGGGGUAACACAGGGCCCAGAGGAUGUGCCUGUAGCCCAAUACCUGUUGCUCCUGUCCCUGCCCUUGCGCUGUCUCCUCUUCCUCCCUGGGGGGAGCUCUUAGUCUAUCUGAGUGCUGCAGGCUUGUGGAGGAGUGGGAAACAGGGAGGAGGAAUGGAUGCAGCCGAAGGCUUAGCUGGGAGAGGGCUGAGCUCUGGCAGACUUGCUGCACGGAGGCUGCUGGCUGAGAUGCUCAGCUCUGGAGCUGUUCCUCUUCACCCUCUCUGGCUGGGACUGCUGGGCAGCAGCCCUCAUGCUGCCUUCUGCAGGUACAGGGACUGCUGGGGUGCAGGUUCAUCGCCUGGGGGCUGCCAGGGAGUCCAGUUGUUUUUCUGGCGCUGCUCCCCUCUUCACUGUGCUCACCCAUGGGGUGAGGCGGUGGCAGCUUGGACCCUGGGCCAGGCUGGGGGAUAUUCUACUCACCUCUGUCUGCUCUCCUCCCAUUCCCUCCAGGAAAGCCCUGGGACUCUGCAGGGGUAGGUGAUGGACAGUGAUGCCAUCACAGCUGAUGUGAGGGGAUGCCAAGCACUAUGUACCCUCACUCUUCACAAAUUGUUUUUAUUUGUCACUAAUGAGCCAUUCUCACAACGCUCUAAUGAGACCCCUCUCCUUGUCAAGUAUAUGAGUGUGCUCCUGGGAGCUUGAAAUACCUUGCAAGGAGAGAAAUGCUCUCCUCCUACCUCCAAGACGACAGUUCAAGGAGAGAACUGUAUUCCCUGUGCCACAUCUGUGCAUUGCUCCCCUCUUGUAUCCAUGGGGCUGGGGCAGAUGGAAGAGCCUCCUGGCCUGUGUGAUGCUGGAUGCCCUCCUACGUGCUGCUCAUACCCUUCUCUGUCCCAGAGCCCACAAACUGCCCUCACCUGACCUCAGUGCUCUCCCCGGUGCUCCGGGGCUGUGGGGAGGGGCUGGUGGCUGUCCCUUGAGCUUGGAGCCGUGAUUGUACACAGCAUCCCUCACCAUCGGGGCGGCCCGGCUGGGAAUCUGGCCUCUUGCAAAAAUGACUUCUCCCCUCCUGGAACAAGCAGAGUCCAUUUGGUCUCCAAAAGGCCGUCGUGAGCUUUUUCCAUUGCAACAAGUGCCUCCGCUCCGACUUUCCAACUUCCCCGCUUAUUCUCCCGGGUCCUGGGAAAGCAGCAACAAAUUGCCUUAAGUGUGGCAAUGCAGCUCGGGGUAAUUAGCCGCUGAACCGGUUGUAACGAAGCUAGUCAUCUCCCUGCACGCACAGUUAGCUCUGAUUUAAUGGCCCGGCGGCUCCCAGCCCGGGCUGCCGCUCCUCGGCCCGCGGCCGUAAAUGAGACUCGCAGUUGAGUCAAGCGGUAUUAAACUUUACAGUCGCCGUCUUUAAAAACGGGACUCUCUCCAAUAAAUCAGGGCGAGUGGGAUUGUAAAUAUCGAGGCUGGAUCCAUAUUGCUUAAUUAAACAGCAGCUAAUGAACA